CUUGGUAGUGUAAAGAGCAGCAUCAAGUUCACCUGCUGAUUGUUGAGGAACAUCAAACUCCUCCGCGCACUUGCUCUUUGUACGUGUUAUAUACGAGGGUGGGUGUUUGGCUCAAGCUUUGGAAAUUAAAGUCAAUAAAAAAACUUUCUUACUCCAAUUUCGUAUAGAGGCAUUCUACGGAUCGUGAAUCUCUCGUAUGCGCAGUAAUGGGUAAGAUAAUAAAUGUGAUGGUGUUCAGUAUAUCUGCUUUGUUCUUUGCCUUGCUCGAAUAUUCCAGUUGGUCAUCGCAAACGAGUUACAACCCGGUGAAACCAGUCUACAGAAUCAGUCGAACGGGAGGCUACCCGUCUUGGAAUGAAAGUGGAUUGAAAAGGCUUUCAACUCUGAUACAAAAGAGGCUCUAUACCCUUCAGAAUCCUUCUGACUGUGCUAAGGCCAGAAAAAUUGUGUGCAACUUCAACACGAGAUGCGGAUUCGGUUGCCAGGCCCACCAUGUCUCAUAUUGUAUGAUAAUGGCAUACGGCACGGGGAGAACGCUCGUCCUACAAUCCAAGGGCUGGGAUUAUGACAAAGAAGGAUGGGAAAAGUUCUUCCAGCCCCUAAGCGAGACUUGUCGUGAUCCAACGGGAGUGACACGAGGAAAAUGGACAACUCCUGAUAAAAAUGAAAACUUCCAAGUUCUGGCACUCCCUCUCGCAGGGUACCUUACUGAGGAUCUAAAGCCAGAUUUUCUGCCUUUGGCAAUACCAGCGGAUAUCGCAGAUGAACUAAGAAGAUUUCACAGCAACCCAUCCAUCUGGUGGAUUGGUGAAAUAAUGACUUACAUUAUGAGGCCCAAGAACCACACGACAGAUUUCAUUGACAAAGCGAUGGCUGGCUUGGGGUUUACGCAUCCGAUCGUUGGCAUCCAUGUAAGGCGGACUGAUAAACUUAUAUGGGAAGCCAAAUUCCAUGGCAUUGAAGAGUACAUGGUGCAUGCUAUUGAUUUCUACGAGGACUAUGAAAGGAGGGAAGGAUAUAUAGGCAAGAGGAGAAUCUUCAUGGCAACGGAUGACGUUGGUCUUCUUGACGAAGCAAGGAAAAAAUAUCCUGAUUACAUGUUUCUAAGUGACAGGACUAUCACCGAGUCAGCCCAGACGUCAUCGAGAUUGUCAGCGGGGUCCUUACAAGGAAUCAUCAUCGAUAUCCACCUCCUUGCUUUUUCUGAUUUUCUUGUUUGCACCUUCUCCUCAAACGUUUGUCGUUUGGCUUAUGAAAUGAUGCAGCAUUACCACGUGGAUGCAUCAAGCAAGGCUCACUCUGUUGAUGAUCCAUAUCAUUGGCAUGGGCAAAAAGCCAAUAGUUCUGGGAAAGCAGUCAUGAUGCCUCUACCUACAUCUACCUGACAGCUUAAGACGCCCUCUAGAGGAAAUAUUUGAUCGUACCAUGGAGAUAAAUGAGAGAGAGAGAGCUCCCUGAUCGGGAUGGUUACAUGAUAACUAGAUCGUGGGCUCGAGGGUUGCAACUUAGGCGAUUCAUCAAACGACUCAGUAAACUCUUAAGAGGAAUAACUUUUUUGUUUCACAAACAUUCUCAUAAAUCAUAUAAUACCUAACUUUAA